AUGAGAAGCAGCUUGUCGCGUACAGCCCGGCAGCUGUCUCGUAAUGCGAAUCGAUCGAUAGUACCAUCGUGCCGAGUCUCAGGCGUGAGAUGGAGCUCGACCGACGAUGGCCACAAAUGGUCGACGCCAUUGGCGAAACAGCUGGCUGAGGCGAUUACAACCACUGGGCCACUGCCUGUAGCCUCAUACAUGCGACAAGUUCUCACUUCUGAUCUUGGAGGGUACUACACUGGAGCACUUGGCUCGGACCGUGAUCCAUUUGGAGCAAAAGGAGACUUUGUAACAUCGCCAGAGAUCAGUCAGAUCUUUGGUGAGCUUGUUGGGCUGUGGGUGGUCGCAGAAUGGAUCGCUCAAGGCAGGAAGAGCGAGGGCGUAUACUUGAUGGAGGUAGGGCCCGGGAGAGGCACACUCAUGGAUGAUAUGCUUCGCACGAUCCGGAACUUUCCACCAUUAGCAAAGGCGAUCGAAGCAGUGUACUUGGUGGAAGCAAGCGAGCCACUGCGACAAGCACAGCACAAGCUGCUGUGUGGAGACAAUCCCUUCGAAAAGAGCGAGCUAGGAUGGCAGAGCAUAAGUCGACACUCGCCAGAUCUGAAGAUUAUAUGGACCGAAGAUGUUCGCUUUGUGCCACGCGAGGCCAACAAAACACCCUUCAUCAUCGCCCAUGAGUUCUUCGACGCUCUGCCAAUCCACAUCUUUCAGGUUACCAAGACGACGUCAGCAGAUCAAGACAGGCCUAUACAAACACCGACAGGCCCCAUCAAAGCACAGCGGAAUCAAGCACCAGGCAGUCAGUGGCGAGAACUGCUCGUAUCUCCAAGACCACCGCAUCGGCUGAAGGAAGGAGAACCUGAGUUCGAGCUCUCUCUGUCACGUACACAGACACCACAUUCGAUGUACUUACCAGAGACGUCUCCCCGAUACACAGCACUCAAAGAGACAGAUGGCGCCACGAUAGAGAUCAGUCCAGAGAGUCAAGCAUAUGUUCGCGACUUUGCCAUCAGGUUAGGUGGAUCCAACCCGGAAGAUCUUGCUGCAGCAUCGAAGCCUACAGCGGUUAUCCCAGGGAGGGAGGUGCCUGCGGGUCCGCAAGAAGUGCCUUUACAAAAAUCCGACCCUUCCGGCGCCGCGAUAAUCAUCGACUACGGCCCUCCCGCAACCAUUCCAGUCAACUCAUUGCGAGGCAUCCGUGCGCACAAACGCGUCUCGCCCUUCGGAGCAGCUGGUGCGACGGAUGUGAGCGCCGAUGUCGACUUCAUGGCGUUGGCAGAGACUGCUAUCAACUCAUCGCCGGGUGUGGAAGUUCACGGACCCGUCGAUCAAGCUCGCUUCUUAACUGCGAUGGGAAUUGAAGAACGAGCAGCACAGCUCGUUAAGAAGGCUGUCGAUAAGGAGCGCUCCGGAUCCACGGGCAAAGACAAAGGUGAACUUACAGACCUGGUCAAACGCAUAGAAAGUGGCUGGAAACGCCUCGUGCAUAUCAGUCCGCAAGGCAUGGGUCGUCUAUACCAAGUGCUGGCUAUCGUCCCACACAAGCCUCCAGUUGAAGGUCAGCCUCGAAGGAGACCGGUCGGGUUCGGUGGUGAUGUCACGCUAUGA